ACUUAGCACCCAUUAAUACCCCAAAGCCCCCGCACACUCUCUAUUCCCGCCCGCCCUGUCAUUUCUCUCACUACCAUACCCCCUUUUCCCAAAGCAUUCGCAUGCUCUCUCUACCCCUCUCUUAAGCCAUUUGGAGGGCAUCAAACCCUAAAUUCCCUGGAUUUCUGGGGAUCUAAGCUCCCUCUCUCUCUAGACUUUCUCUCUCUACUCAAUUUUCUCGAAAUGGCUGAUGCUUUUGAGGAUGAAGUUGAGCAGACUAUAACAAUUGAUGAGUACAUAAAGGGCGUUGAGGCACAAGAGUUGGAGGCUGAUUUGGUCUUGGGAGGAGAUGAGGGCGAGGAAUGCACAUAUAUAAAGGGGUAUAUGAAGAGGCAAGCUGUCUUUUCUUGCCUGACAUGUACACCGGCAGGCAAUGCAGGUGUUUGUACAGCAUGUUGCUUGUCUUGUCAUGAUGGCCAUGAGGUUGUGGAACUCUGGACUAAGCGAAAAUUCAGGUGUGACUGUGGGAAUUCAAAGUUUGGGGAGUUUUUCUGCAAACGUUUUGCUGCUAAAGAUCCAGAAAAUACAGAGAAUUCAUACAAUCAGAAUUUCAAAGGUUCUUAUUGCACAUGUGGAAGGCCUUAUCCUGAUCUUGAUGCUGAGGAGCAGGUGGAGAUGAUACAGUGCUGCAUCUGUGAGGAUUGGUUCCAUGAGAAUCAUCUUGGUCUUGAAUCUGGUGAUGAGAUCCCAAGAGAUGAAGAAGGGGAACCUUUAUAUGAGGAAUUCAUCUGUCAGGAUUGUUCUAUUAAGCUCCCUUUUCUCUUGUUCUACCCUCCGGACAUUUGGGCACGAGCCAAACAAGCAAACGGAGCCCCAAGCAACAUCAAAGAGCAGUCGCAUGAGAAUGUGCUUUCUGGAUCCCCUGUGAAGGUGAAGAGUAGUCUUUCUUCUUCUGAUAACCCAGAAAUAUCUAAUGAUAUGGAGAAAUCAGGUAUCAGUAAUGCUGAUAAUGAUGUAUCAGAGAAAAAUUGUGGGAAGGAGCUUUCAAAAUCCCUUGGGAAGCUUGAGAAGUGUGAGAUUGGGUCAUCUGAGAACCCAAAGGUGAAUAUUUCUUCCAAGAUUGUUGAUAGUAAUGAAAUUACUGCUGAUGAUAAUGCUAAGAAGGAAAAUGCGGGUUUAAAACAAGAGAAUGGAUGCUUAGACGAUAAUGGUUUGGGCCCAAAAUGCUUUGUAGGGGUAGGUUUAAAGACACCUUUCACUGAAAGAGACAAGAAGCCACUCUUUUUAUUGAAGAAUUGGAGGGAUAUUCUUUGUAGGUGUGUGAGUUGCCAAAAUAUCUAUACUGAGAAAGGUAUCAGGUUUUUGCUUGACAAAGAGGAUUCAAUGGAGGAAUAUGAGAAGAUAGGUAAACAAAAGAGGGAGGAGAAACUGCAACAGCAGGAAGGGGUUGAGAUGAACUUCCUUAACAAUCUCGGUCGUGUACAGCAAAUUGAGAUUCUGAGUGGCAUUGCCGACAUGAAGAAUGAACUUCAUGCCUUCCUGGGAAACUUAGACCCUUCAAAACCGGUCACAUCAGCAGACGUACAGCAAGUCUUUGAGAACCUUGCAAAGAAACGCCAACGCUUACAGUAAGCACAAGCUUUGCAUGAAUCCUUGUUCUUUUUGCUUAUUCCUUUCCCAGAUCCUUUGGGAAGUAUGUAAAUGGUCCAAAAAUCUGCUGACUUGUAAGUAGUUACCUAAGAAGAAUUUAGUACUGGACUUUUACUUUCAUUGACAUGGUUUGUGAUAUGCAAAUAUAUGCCAACGCUUGCUAUGAGUGAAAGCUUUUCAUGAGUCUUUGCUGUUC